CAUGCGAAGAGGGGGCGAUAGCCGCAGACUAUGAAAACGAAGAGAACACGACAGAAUAUAACCAAUGUGCUCGUCUACUAACCCUUCUUACGUGGUUAAAUGUAUUUAAUGUUAAUUUCUUUAACAUCCGUAUUCUAGUUAACAUCCGUGAUAUCGCAUUUGAUAUGAAUUUAAAUAUAAAUAAAUAUUAUUCGCGUCCUUGACAUCGCCACAAACAAUGAUGAACGAGGAGUGAUAACUUAUGUAGUUAUGCAGCGGAUCUUCACGUGAACAGAAUAUUAAGACAACGGAUAAUUGUUGGGUAGUUACAUGUUCCGAUAUAAUAGGCCAUUUAGUUUCGUUUGCUAAAAAUAAAUAAAUAAACAGUCUUGGACCCGCUUGGAUUGCAUUCCUCGUGACUGAACUCAACCUCGCAACGGUCAAGGCCCGUGAUGGUGAACAGCCGGGUGGAGUCAUCAUCCGUGUCGGUGACGGGGGCCCCGUCGCCCCCCAGGUCAUGUGGAGGCUGCGGGGGACGGAUAGCAGACCGAUUCCUGCUCUUUUCCAUGGAGCGGUACUGGCACACCCGCUGUCUGAAAUGUUCCUGUUGCCAGGCUCAGCUGGGCGAGAUCGGGACCACCUGCUACAGCAAGGGCGGCAUGAUCCUCUGCAGGAAUGACUACAUCAGGCUGUUUGGACACAGCGGGGCGUGCAGUGCCUGCGGCCAGUCCAUCCCCGCCAGCGAGAUGGUGAUGAGGGCACAGGGCAACGUCUACCACCUCAAGUGUUUCACCUGCGCUACCUGCAGGAACCGGCUGGUCCCGGGGGAUCGCUUCCACUACAUCAACGGCACCAUCUUCUGUGAGCAUGACCGGCCAGGCGGCUCCCUGCUAACCAGCCACCUGCCCCACCUGCAGAGCAAUGCAUUGCUACCAGAUCAGAAGGUCUGCUGAAGUGGCUGGAGAAGGCCAGCACAACUUCUGUCUGUCUCUUCUUCAUCCCUCAACACCACACACCACCACCCCUCCCCUGCCCCCGCAAAGGAACUUCAAAUGAGCCCCUGAUGUCACUGUCUGUAAGUUGCCAGAGGGUCAUAAUAAAUCAUGUUUCAAAUGAAAUAAGAAAGAUACGGAAAGGAUCAAGUAAUAAAGGAUCCAAUUAAAAACUCAGAUCUCAAAUCUCAAAGGACAUAAAGGAAGUUCAAAUCUUGUCUGUAUUUGUGUGGAGUCAUUAAAGAGUGAACAUCAACUUCGUGGAGUUGAUAAAGAAUGAGAGAUUAAGAUGAUGAUGAUGAUGGUGAAGCAGUACAUCCCUGCUGGAGAGGGCAAUAAGUUCCUGCCUAAUGAAGGAUGGACUUGCCUUCUGGAGUGCUGAUUGACUCUGAUCCUGGAGCCUCACAGAGCUCUCUCACGCUGCCAGCCAGGAGGAGCAGAUGUAUAUGGACAUGCACAGGAGCACAGAGAGAUUGGUUUGGUCUCAGGAGACUGUGAAAGGGAGGUACCCCAUCUCCAAAAUAUCCUAGAGAUGCAGCAGCACUGAGAGAACACUGAGAGUUCUGCUGGAACCCGCAAAAAGUUAUGUGCCACUGCACUGCACGAACACAUUAUAUGAAGCAAUUUACACGCAAAAGGCGACAUAACUUUUAUCACUUGUAAUCAAGUCCACAGUCCAAUAAGUGCAGAUAUGUGUCAUUUAAAUCACUUCCUUCUAAGCAAUAUUGAGCUGCAAGGUCCUCACCCUUUCUUGUUUUUUUUUUAGUUUUCUCUCUCUGGUACAGUCAGGUGUAGCCAAAAAAACAAAAGCACUUAACAGCUUUCAACAUUUUGUUAACCAGUGAACUUCCAGCAU